UGACGUCGCUGCCCGCAGGAAGGACGACAAGGACUAUGCGCUGAAGCAGAUCGAGGGCACCGGGAUCUCCAUGUCCGCCUGCAGGGAGAUAGCGCUCCUGCGCGAGCUCAAGCACCCGAACGUGAUCUCGCUGCAGAAGGUUUUCCUGUCUCACGCCGACCGCAAGGUGUGGCUGCUCUUCGACUACGCGGAGCACGACCUGUGGCACAUCAUCAAGUUCCACCGCGCGUCGAAGGCGAACAAGAAGCCGGUGCAGCUGCCGCGGGGGAUGGUGAAGUCGCUGCUGUACCAGAUCCUCGACGGCAUCCACUACCUGCACGCGAACUGGGUGCUGCACCGCGACCUGAAGCCUGCGAACAUCCUGGUGAUGGGCGAAGGCCCCGAGCGCGGCCGCGUCAAGAUCGCCGACAUGGGCUUCGCGCGUCUCUUCAACUCCCCGCUGAAGCCGCUCGCGGACCUGGACCCGGUGGUCGUGACCUUCUGGUACCGCGCGCCGGAGCUGCUGCUGGGGGCCCGGCACUACACCAAGGCCAUCGACAUCUGGGCGAUCGGCUGCAUCUUCGCGGAGCUGCUGACGUCGGAGCCGAUUUUCCACUGCCGCCAGGAGGACAUCAAGACCAGCAACCCGUACCACCACGACCAGCUCGACCGCAUCUUCAACGUCAUGGGCUUCCCCGCGGACAAGGACUGGGAGGACAUCAAGAAGAUGCCGGAGCACUCGACGCUCAUGAAGGACUUCCGGCGCAACACCUACGCCAACUGCAGCCUCAUCAAGUACAUGGAGAAGCACAAGGUCAAACCCGACAGCAAAGCUUUCCACCUGCUGCAGAAGCUGCUGACCAUGGACCCCGUGAAGCGCAUCACGUCGGAGCAGGCGAUGCAGGACGCGUACUUCCUGGAGGACCCGCUGCCCACGGCCGACGUGUUCGCCGGCUGCCAGAUCCCGUACCCGAAGCGCGAGUUCCUGACGGAGGAGGAGCCGGACGACAAGGGCGACAAAAAGACCCAGCAGGCGCCGCCGGCGAACACGCACACGAACGGGGCGGCGCUGGGGCAGGACAGCGGCCACGGCGGGGGUCACGCCGGGGGUCACGCCGGGGGUCACGCCGGGGGUCACGCGCCCGGGCCGCCGCUCAAGAAGGUGCGCGUGGCCCCGCCCACCACUACCUCAGGCCUCAUCCUGGCCUCGGACUACCAG